CUCGCCGGGCCCCCCGGCCGUCCCGCCCCGCCCCGCCGUCGCCCCGCCCACUCUCUCGCCGUGUCCGGGAUCUCGCCCCUGUGGCACACUCGCCGGCACUUGCUCCUCCUGCGAGGCGCCUGGAGGUGGAGGUGGGGCCGAGCUGGGGCUCGUACUUUGGCUCCUUCUGGCUUUUGGUGGCCAGGCCGCGUCAGUUCCAGUCCCCGCCCGGCGGCUGCCGCGCUGACGUGGUUCCCGGAAGUGGGGCUGGCGCGGGGCCGCCAUGUUGCAGCAGGACAGUAAUGAUGACACUGAAGAUGUUGCACUGUUUGAUACGGAAGAGGAAACAGCUAACAGACCAAAAAAAUCCAAAAUCAGACACCCAGUGGCAUCAUUUUUCCAUUUAUUCUUUCGAGUCAGUGCAAUUAUAGUCUACCUUCUCUGUGAAUUUUUCAGCAGCAGCUUUAUUGCCUGUAUGGUGACAAUUAUCUUGUUGUUGUCAUGUGACUUUUGGGCUGUCAAGAAUGUCACAGGUAGACUAAUGGUUGGCCUACGUUGGUGGAAUCAUAUCGAUGAAGAUGGAAACAGCCAUUGGGUGUUUGAAUCCCGGAAGGCAUCCUCUCAAGAGAAUAAUCCUAUUUCAGAGGCCGAAUCAAGAAUCUUUUGGUUAGGACUUGUCACCUGUCCGGUGCUGUGGGUCAUCUUUGCCUUCAGUGCGCUCUUCUCCUUCAGAGUGAAGUGGUUGGCAGUGGUUACCAUGGGUGUGGUGCUACAAGGUGCCAACCUAUAUGGCUACAUCCGGUGCAAAGUGGGCAGCAGAAAGAAUUUAACCAGCAUGGCUACAUCUUAUCUUGGAAAGCAGUUUUUAAGACAAAACACUGGGGGUGAUCAGACUUCCUGAAGAGAGUGAAAGCCUGUGUGUUCUGUUACAUUGGGGAACAACUGACGAGAUUCUUGACUCUGAACCUUCUAGAACUCAGUACAUGUUGCAGAGAGGAGGGUUGGGUUUGUUUUUCCAUUUUAAAAUUUACUUAAGGAAAAAAAGGAAGAUUUUUUUUUUCCAUAUUUUUUAUUUUCUUUCUAGCAUUUGGGGUUUGAAGGUAUGACGUUGCUAGAAACAUUGUCAGAAUUUGGUUCCUGGGUAUAUAAUGUGUAUGCACAGUCAUGUAGUAUCCAUAUAGCCCAAAUUAAUGAAAGUGUUCGUGUUCAUGUACACACAUAAUGGAGACCUUUGCAUUUUGAUCCAUAGAACAUAGAAGGAUGUUAUUAAACUAUCUCAAAACUG